AUGAUCCAAGUGUGUCACCCAGCGCCUCCACUCAAGACCGUGCAUCCCAGGCACCUCGUGCUUGCACCGCUCCUUUCUCAUCCCAAAACCAUGGACCCGCCCUCAGCCCCCAAUCCAGCUGGCGACGCUGGCGUUCUUCCAGAGUUUGGCGAACUCAGUCUACAGGAUGCGCCAUCACCACCCAUCAACGCCGAAGAGCUUGAUGUUUGCACCAUGUCACGGGAGACUGCGAUGAAGUUGAUAGUACGCUCCGUCAUUGCCCUCGCAAACGCUGCCGGCGAAGUGCCGGCAACGCCGCCCAUUUCUCGCCCAAGCACACCAGGUGGCAAGGAAAAUCUUUUGUUGCGGAGCCACAGGCGAACAGCCUCGAGGCCUGCAACACCCAUUCCAGCCGAAAAGGAGCAGCAUCAGCCCACUGAGUUGGCUCCACCAGAAGCGGGCCACGACGAGCCCGUCACCAUACACGACGUGGGUCAUGGUGCGCAGCCCGAGUCGGUCCAACGAGCCAACAUGGCGAGAAAGUUCUUCUCCAAAACGGUGCCCAAAGUGGGCGUCGAAGAGUACAUGAACCGGAUACAAAAGUUCUGCCCGCUGUCGACGGCCGUCUGGCUAGCGGCGGGCUCCUACAUGCUCCGGUUAUGCGUCAUUGACAGGAGUGUGCCGCUCACCUACCGCACCAUGCACCGACUUGUGCUCGCAUGCGCAUUGGUUGCGAUGAAGGCGCUCGAAGACCACCGCUGGCCGCAAAAGCGAUUUGCAGCCGUGGGAGGUGUCGACGAGGCCUCGCUUAGCCGUCUCGAGCUCUGCGUCGAGUUUCUGCUCUCGUUUGACGUGCAAAUCUUCACACCGGAAAGGCUGAAGGACUUGACGGUGCAAUUGCAAAAAGCCGGACAGGCGGCGACCAUGACGUGCAGACUGCCGCCCUCGUUCAACCUGAAGCUUGCGCCUACCAAGAUGCGGCGGGAGCAGGCUGUUUGA